AAUGCUAUCACGAUGUAGCCGUGUUUACGUGUCUACCCCUCUUUUAUUCAAGACAAAACAAUCCGAAGCCGGGAUCAGCAUGCUUGCGACUGUCCUCUCUCUUCUAUCUAUUUCUCCUCGACAUCUGGACAAUGUUCAAAUUCGUGUCAGAUAAUGUGGGCGGCCUUGGAGCGAAGCGCAAACUCACACACAAAUCGUGCGACUCCUGCAAGAAGCGUCAUAAGCGCUGCUCUCACGCAGAACGUUCUGGCCAAAGCGUGUCGCCUGUUUCCGCUCUUCACGGUCACACUAGCAAAUCACAUGGUGACCUUGAUGAACCAAGACGCGCGCCAACCUCGGUUCCAGAUACGCCUACACCGCCGCAGCUAGACACUUCUGAAGCAGGGGAGCAGCCUCCACUUCCCGGCCUCUCCGAAGAUGCGUAUCUGCACUUCAUCGGGGAUCUUAGCCCUGAGGCGUCUUUCCUUUCCAACGGCGGUCGGGAAGAUGGCAACCUGAAAGGCUCAAGGCACGCAGACGUAGGCGUAUGGAUUGGCCUGAAACCUGAAAAUCCCAGGCGAACCGAAAUCGAGAAUGCAGAUACUGUGGGACAGUCGCCUGGUGCCUCUGCUAUCCAGCGCUUCGGCCUCGCCGGCAUCCAAGCCCUGUCGCCUUACUUGCGGAAAGAAUGCAUGUCGGUUUUGCCUCCCGAGUAUGAGUUUGGCUUCAUUUCCGACCUGUACUACGCCAAGAUCGACCCCAUCUUCCCCAUUAUUCAUGGAGAAGUGUUGAAAAAACACAACACCAUGGAAGCUGUAGCGUUGAAGCAAUGCAUAUGCCUCAUGGCGGCUCUGGACCCCAAGGUAAAGCCAUACCUACGGCUUCCCCACGUUGACGGCCUUCUCUCGCCGAUUGACUUCCGCACAUGCAUUGCUGCUGCUGUCAAGCAGUCUCUUGACCUGGGGUUCAUCCAGGACAAGAUGGUUGUGCUCCAGGUUUGCGCCUUGAUGGCGUUUUACGUUGACAAGCCGAGGUGCAGUGAUGUUUCUACCUACUACGCAGCUCAGGCUGUUCACCACGCGCAGACUUUAGGCCUCCAUGUCGGCUGGCCCGAGGAUAGCACAAGAUGCGAGAAGUCUAGGCGCAUCUUCUGGUGUGUGUGGACUCUUGAUCGAUUUAAUGCCGCCGCGAAUGGCCGUCCCGUUCUCAUCCAUUGUCAAGACAUGGACAUGGGAAUCAUGGAAUCGGUAUCGACACAAGUUGCUCCCUUCAGGUUGUUCAUUCGGAUAGCUCAGUUCCUGGACGGUGUCAUCUCAAAAUAUCGUCCGCAUGCCGCCACGGGACUGCAACCACCGAACAAUGAACAUCAGACAUUUGAGAAUCUUGUGGAGGAGACUGAGUCCAUGGAUAUUGGGAAUGCACUCCUUGCGUCGCUAGAAAUCUUCUAUCUGGCUGUUGUCAUUUUGCGAGAUCGGCCAAAGGCGCGCGAAGGACAAAACCAGCGAACUCCGAGCUCAGCUAUCCAAUUAUUCAGCGCAACGAGCAUCAUUUCCAUUGCAUCCGAAGAUCUCAAGUCCUCCAUCACUGUCUGGCCCGUUGUCCCUUACGCGGUUUCGUUGGCCACCUCAGUCGCAUACAAGAGCCUCCGAAACAGUACCAUACCAUACAAACGUAAACAAGCUUACGCCUUGUUCCACAGCAGUUGUGACACCCUGGACGAACUCAGUAAAGCCUUCUUGUCUGCACGCGCCAUGGCCCAGUUGGCCACCGACACGAUGCAGGAGGUAGAGCGAGCCGCUGCAGGCAGGAGGGCAAGUGCCAUAAACGACAAAGGAAUAGGUGGCAAGUCUGGGGAUACUCGGUCUGCAGAUGGUGCCAACCUGCCGGAUGAUGAUGUGAGGACUGGCGAUUCAACAACAUUGAUGGGGCCGCAGUCCAACAGCCAAGAUUCGCGACAAAUCCAAAACUGCUUGACGAUCGAUGGUGCAUUCUUUUCGCAAGAUGCUGGCGGUGUAAACGAUCUUGCAGGUGACGUGGGAAUAUUCAACGACUUUGAGUCGAGUCUGGAUCUCAACCGAAUCGAUGAAUUCUUCACAGCCACCUUGGACCCUACUGUCCCAUUGCCUCUGGAAGAUUGGCUAGAUACCAACCAGCUGCCAGGACCUAUAUUUCUGGAAUUCGGGGAAUCUAGGCCCGGGAAUUAACAGCAGACACCGACGAGUAGCUCAUAAAAGACUGGGAGCCCUGGAUCGGCUUUAGUCAGGUAUUUCAACUUGGCUCAACUUCGACUCGAGACACAUGAUUGCUUAAAAAUUAUCUUGCUCAUUACUCUAACGCGCCCAACUUGAUAUUAGCGGAUGGAUGGGCGUUUCAGCGGAGCACUAGAGACCGAGGGGGUCGUGUCGGACUGCCAUUUUGGGAAGUUCCCGCCCAUCGUCUGCAAGUGGCAAAUCCGAAAAUUGGCUUCCGUGGCCUGACUGCCAUGAAAGAAUAUUAGUGAUUUCAGGCCUCCCCGUGCGGGAAUCCACUCAAGUUCAUGUAUCACUUGAAGCUGAGCUGGGUGCGGACAUGACUUGUUCGAUUGAUCGUGGAUGAGAGGUCUCUUUCGAAGCACCCAAGAUCAUCGCCCACAUGAAGAGUAUCC